CGGAGCCCGAGCGCGCAGGCCCGUCCCGGCGGUCGGGGGCGGGCGGGGCAGGGGCGCCAUGUGGUUCAUGUACGUGCUGAGCUGGCUGUCGCUCUUCAUCCAGGUGGCCUUCAUCACGCUGGCCGUCGCGGCUGGACUUUAUUACCUGGCAGAGCUAAUCGAAGAAUACACAGUAGCUACCAGCAGGAUCAUAAAAUACAUGAUCUGGUUCUCCACAGCUGUGCUGAUUGGCCUCUACGUUUUUGAGCGCUUCCCCACCUGCAUGAUUGGCGUGGGCCUCUUCACCAACCUCGUCUACUUUGGCCUCCUCCAGACCUUCCCCUUCAUCAUGCUGACCUCGCCUAAUUUCAUCCUGUCAUGCGGACUAGUGGUGGUGAAUCAUUAUCUAGCCUUUCAGUUUUUUGCCGAAGAAUAUUAUCCUUUCUCAGAGGUCCUGGCCUAUUUCACUUUCUGUCUGUGGAUAAUCCCAUUUGCGUUCUUUGUGUCACUGUCGGCUGGGGAGAACGUCCUGCCCUCCACCGUGCAGCCAGGAGAUGACGUGGUCUCCAAUUACUUCACCAAAGGCAAGCGGGGAAAACGCUUAGGGAUCCUGGUUGUCUUCUCCUUCAUCAAAGAGGCCAUCCUGCCCAGUCGACAGAAGAUGUACUGAACUUCUUGGGGAGGGGACUUGGGGGCAAGAGUAGGAGAGUCAGGCCCCUGUGCCUCUGCACUAGGUGGGGGCCGGGAACCUGGAAGGCGCUUUCCCUCAGCCCUGGACUGUCCCUGAAGCCCCCAUCUCCACCAUCCACGAGGGGCUGAGCUUGGCUCAGAUCUGAUACUGUUUGAGGCUGUGACCUCAGGGAGCCAGGGAGGAUGGCAGAGCCUGCUUAGCCAGGAGGCUGUGGUCCAUGUGGCUGUACAGCAGCUGAGCUCCCUGUGGCCCUCCAAGCUUCUUGUCUGUGGUGGGUCCGGAGGUUCUGACUCAGCUGGGGCAGGCAGGGCAGGGGCCAUGAAGCUGGAGAGCAGACAGUGAUGAGUUCUCUGGGGCAGAUGGCCUUGGGGAGGGCGAUGGCUCAGCACUUCUAAGAGAAAGUUUUUGCUGUUGAACUGUGAUUUCUGUCCAAGUGCUGAUUCCCAUUUGAAUAAAGAUUUUAGGUGGCACUGUUUGCCUUAAUGCCCUGAAAGUUACUCUUCCUUUCAUCCUGCUCACCUUCUGCCCUGGACUGCAUUGGCUUUUCUGCUCCAGGCACUCCUUUUCUGGGUUAGGGUCUUUUCCUUCUGAAGGGAUUGAUCUUAUGAUGGUUGGUGGAAAAGGGGCAGAAAUCAGGAGCUGAGCCUGGUCAGGGGGGACCGGGAGUGGAGGUGGGGACACCCUUUCUUAUGCCCCUCUCUUCUGUGUCUUCUUUCCCCAAGGCUCCAUGGCUGUUAAGCUGGGGUUUGAGGGGGGACAAUUUGCGACUGGGUUAGAUUUUGAAAAGAACAUCUAUAUAGUAUUCUGUUUAUGUCUCCCUUGGGGAGAGAGAGUAGUUUCUGCCUGAAUUCUAUCUCCAGCUCAAGGAGAAACAAAAUAAAAAUUGGCUUCCAGGCAUCCUGAGCUACAGCCUGUUUCUCAAGAAGUAGGACUGGUGGGAGAAGCUGUUUGUCACUGUAAGAGCACACAGGGCCUCUUCUUGGCCCUGGGAGAUGACCUUAGCCUUCUAAGAAGGAGGGCUACCUCCCAGGCACAGACCAGCAUCCACUGACUUUGCACUCUGACUACAGUGCCUUGCAAGUACUCAAGGGUACAUACUGGAAUGAAGCCCCCAUGAGAGUUACUGGCCAUGUCCCAUACCUCAGUUCAAGGCUGGCAGACGCAGAGAUGGACUGCACACAUGUACCUUGAAGUCACAGGGAAGAUCCCUGUGCUUGAAAAUCUUCCCUUCACAUCCCGCCUCAAGUCCCACCAUAGCCCCUCAUUUCCUUGACUCUAGCAUUUCCCACUCUCUUAAAAAGAUGAGCCUUCCCUUUUCCUUGGACAGAGUAGCACAUCUUGGUCUUCUCUUGUUGGGAUUAUGGUUGCCAGGCCAUUUUAUCCUAUACGGACAAGGGAGAGGACACUGGAGGCCACUGUCAUCCUCAUUGCAGUUCCAGUGCUUCCAGAGAUUCCCCAUGGCCUGUGCUGAAUCCAGUGGCCCCUUUUCAUAUCUUACUGGAGCUGCAGCAUCUAACAGGGCUAAUCACCAGCUUCUUGACUCCCAUGCCCCUGGCCCUUCCGUGGCAGGUUUUCUUCCUACCUCUGACUGCUUCUUUCAGUUUCCCGUGCAGGCGUCUUGCCCCAUGCACAGUGGGGUUUCUCAGGGUUCUGUCAGGGGCUCCCUGGAGGAGUCCAUCCAUGCCGAUGGCUUCAAGGAGUGCUGAGGAACUGAGAGUUCAUCUCCAGCCCCAACAUCCUUCCUGGUCUUCUGAGCCACAGUUCUGCUGCCUUUUGGGUGUAGAGACAACUCUCAUGGCCCAGAGGGCACUUCUGUCCAUCCUCUACAAACUUGCCUCUUUGGGGCACUUACUGUGGCCCCAACAUCACUCAGGAGCCAGACAGAAACCUGUUUUGUCUUCCUACUUCCUCCUGCCCCCACAUCCAGUCUCUAAAAACUGUAAAAUAUACCUUUUUUAGUAUCUCUGAGCCACUCUGUCAUCAGUUUUCGCUGAUGAUUAUGACAGCCUCUUUCGGCUUCUUUAUCCCACAACUAAACUGCAUAGCUGAUCAAGUCACUCCUUAGUCUACAACCUUCAUGGCUUUCCACUGCCCCCCAGAUAAAGUCCAGACCCCUUAGCAUGGCCUGUAAGACUCAUGGUGUCCUGGUUCUGCUUGCCUCUCUGGCCUCAUGACAUGCCACCUUGCACUCCUUGCUCUCGGCCUUCUGUAUCAAGGUGCCACCUUGAUUUCCCCUUUCCUCUGGGUAUCUUCUCUGUCAGUUCUCAACUUAGAUUUCACUUUCUUCAAGGAGCUUUGAAUAGCCCCUCUUCUCCAACAUACCAUACAGAUCACUCUGGGCUUAUUUGCCUACUUACUGGUCUAUCUCCCCACUAGACUGUAAGCUCCUUGAGGGCAGGAACUGUCCAAUUUUUGUAUCAACAGCACCUGGCUUGGUGCCUAGCACAUAGAAAGCAUUCAAUAAAUGUUUGUUUAAUGAACGAUUUGUAGUGAUGUGUGCAGGGCAUAGCAGGGGAUCCAGGAUAGCUUUGUGGCAGAAGGACAAGUACUUUCAGUCUCAGACUGAAGCUAUAGGUCCUUCUUCCCCCACAAUGGGCUGCCUGUGCUACCCUGAACUGUAGAAACCCCAGUGGUAGCUGGCAAUGAAGGAUGACAGCCCAUGAUAGCAGCACAUGCCAGGGUGAUGUAUUAGCUGACUUCUGCCUGCAAUGAAGAGUGAGGCUUAGUCCUACAGCAGCAAGAGGCAGAUUUUCCCAGUGCGCCUCCAUGCUGGAAGCCUGGUCCCUGCUGGGCUAGUCGGGGGUGGGCAGGAGCAAUGGGACACCAGAGUCAUAUUUACAAUGCUUGGGCCCAGGGUAGAAACUGGUCCCUACUCUGAGUCUUGGACUUCUGCCCUAACAUGGAUCUCCAGAAGAAUCCAAGAGAGAAGUGAGAUCUGGAAUCCAGACUUUUGUUGGGGGGAUGGGGCUCUUACCCUUGAACCUGGGAGUGGGAAGCCUCGGGUACUCCUCCCUGUUUUGUUUCCCAUCCACAACAUGAAUCACCACACCUCAGACUUCACAGGUCGAGAGGCUACAAAAACAAGUUUAUGGAGGAGUUUUGGGGGAGGGCAGAGUGGGGAACCUUUGACGGGUUUCCAGGGCUGCCAGGAAGGCUUCGUCAAAUGUCUCACGCAGGUUCAUGGCCAGAGUGUCGGUCCAGAAAGUGUUGUCCCAGUGUCGCUUCUGGGGCACAUCCUUCAUGCUGACAGAGCAGAAGCCCUGGGGCACCUUCAUCCUCUCUGGCUGCACCGAAGGGCACAGAGUGUGGACUAUCACCUCGAAGGGCAGCCGGGGCAGAGGUGCCAU